CAAAUGCCGCCCUUGCCAAUCCUUUUCCUUUAUAUUGCGAUCCUCCCACAAUGAAAAGCUCACUACACUUGGUGACUUUGCCAGCAAUAGGCUCACAUUUGUCUGUCCCUCUCUCUUCUGCGAGGAAAGAUGGACUUGUUUGGUGCAAAGGUUCAAGAGCUGAUGGAGUUUGGAAGACCGUUAAUUGAGGCACCAGUUGUAUCAGUAACAUUCACCGUAUUGGCUUUAUUGGCUGGGACUUUGUGGUACUUCUAUAGACCUUACUGGGCUGUCAGGAAAGUACCUGGUCCUCCAUCUCUGCCCCUAUUAGGACACCUUCCCUUGCUUGCUACAUAUGGCCCUGACGUUUUUGCUGUUCUUGCCAAAACCUAUGGUCCUGUAUUCAGGUUUCACAUGGGCAGACAGCCUCUGGUAAUUGUGGCUGAUCCAGAACUUUGCAGAGAAGUUGGGAUAAAGAAAUUCAAAGACAUCUCCAACAGAAGCAUUCCAUCUCCUAUAGCAGCAUCUCCCCUGCAUCAGAAAGGUCUCUUCUUCACCAGGGAUGCAAGGUGGUCAACAAUGCGAAAUACCAUACUGUCGGUGUAUCAGCCAUCUCACCUUGCCAAGCUGAUACCAACAAUGCAAUCAUUUAUAGAAGCUGCAACUGAGAAUCUUGAAUCGCAAGGAGACAUGACUUUCUCUGAACUCUCCCUGAAAUUGGCUACAGAUGUUAUUGGACAAGCUGCUUUUGGAGUAGACUUUGGUCUCUCCAAGCCCAAAGCAGGCAAUGAAUCUGCCAAUAGAAUGAGCCACCAGCAAAAUGAUAAUGAAGUCCAAGACUUUAUCAAUCAACACAUAUAUUCUACAACACAGCUUAAGAUGGACUUGUCUGGAUCCUUUUCAAUCAUAUUGGGGCUGCUUGUUCCCAUACUACAAGAGCCAUUCCGCCAGAUUCUUAAAAGGAUACCUGGAACUAUGGACAGAAAAGUAGACCAAACCAACCAGAAUUUGACUCGCCGGCUUGAUGGAAUUGUGGCUAAGAGAAUGAAAGAAAAGAGCCUUGACUCAAAGGACUUUUUGUCGCUCAUAUUGCGUGCAAGGGAGUCAGAGAUAACAUCAAGGAACUUCUUUACACCAGACUAUAUCAGUGCUGUAACUUAUGAACAUUUACUUGCUGGUUCAGCAACCACAUCAUUUACAUUAUCGACUAUUAUCUAUUUGGUGGCUGGACAUCCAGAAGUUGAGAAGAAAUUGCUGAAAGAGAUUGAUGAGUUUGGUCCUCGUGAUCAGAUGCCUACUGCCCAUGAUCUUCAACACAAUUUUCCAUAUCUUGAUCAGGUGAUCAAAGAGGCAAUGAGGUUCUAUACAGUUUCCCCCUUAGUUGCAAGAGAAACAUCAGCAGAAGUAAAGAUUGGAGGUUACAUCCUUCCAAAGGGUACAUGGGUUUGGCUGGCUCUUGGAGUUCUUGCUAAAGAUCCAAAAAAUUUUUCAGAACCAGACAAGUUCAAACCUGAGAGAUUUGAUCCAGACUGUGAAGAACAGAAGCAAAGGCAUCCUUAUGCAAAUAGUCCCUUUGGAAUAGGGCCACGAGCAUGCAUAGGCCAGAAAUUCUCCAUACAAGAACUUAAACUUUCGAUGAUUCAUCUGUACAGGAAGUAUAUAUUUCGUCAUUCUUCAGACAUGGAAAAACCUUUGGAACUUGACUAUGGCAUAGUACUGAACUUUAAGCAUGGUGUCAGGGUAAGAGCUAUCAAACGUACUUGAAUGACAAUAAACAAAGGAACAAGAAAAGAAAGAAAAUCAGCUUGGUGAUCGUUCCAUAUAAUGGUGAAUUUGAUUUUCCCAAUGUUACGAUGAUGAAUGAGCCAUUCUACGAAAUGCAUUCCAUGCAGCAGAUGAUCUUAUUAUGUACCUAGUUGGUUCCAGAGCAGAUGUUCAUGUGAUGGACCAAACACAGCUAUGAUCCUGCCAUCUUCUACAGGCAGGGUGGUAGCAGUCUGGUGGAUUGAGUAAUUUGGGAAAGUUGUGCUUUGGGGUCUUGCAAGGCUUUUUAGUCUUCCAUUGGACCCGAAGAAGAAAAGUUCUACUUUGUUCAAUUAUUCCACGGAUCUCUACUAAAUAUGCCACAUUAGGGCUUUGUUUUG